GGUCGUCAUGUCACGUCUGGUGCUGUUUCUGGGAUCGACUCGAGAGGGCAGGAACGGUGAACGCAUUGCCACACAUCUCGUCAAGCUCCUCAAGGAGAAGAACCACAAUGUGACCGUUUUCGACCCGCUGAAGAUGCCGUUCGAGAUGCUGCGCCAGCCGCUGCACUUCAUGCCGGAUGCUUCGGCGGCUCCCGAGUGGCUGCGGGAUGCCAAUGAGACACUGAAAGCGGCGGACGGCUUCGUGGUGGUGACGCCCGAGUACAACUGCGCACUGCCGCCGGCGCUGGUCAACAUGCUGGACCACUUCCCGCCCGCCUCCUACCGCCACCGGCCCGUCGGCAUGGCCUGCUACUCCUUGGGCCAGUUCGGCGGGAUGCGGGCGGCGGCGUUCGCCCGGGCCCACUUCAGCGAGCUAGGCAUGGUGAGCAUUCCGUGCCAGUUCACCGUGCCGACGGUGACGCAGAACUUCUCGGCCGACGGGCAGCCGCAGAAUGAGCGCAUUGAGCGCAACGCCGAGAAGCUGGUGCGCGAGCUCACCUGGUACGUGGACGCGCUCAAGGCUGCACGGAAGGACGGCGUGCCCAACUAGCCCGCAGGCGGGCAGCUCGUGCGGCGCGCGUCAGCUGUCGGUGACGUCACGCCCCGCUUCAGUGCCGCGGGUCACUGCGGCCCGUCAGGUGGUGGUAGCGCUGUGUCGUCUUUGCCGCGCGGUCGACCCUAGUGAUAGCGCUAAAUGACAUAACUGACGUCGGUGCUUCAUUUUCAUGGUGCCGCUUGUUCUCAACUUUCGCCCUACCUCACCUUUUUAAUGUGCUUUGUCUUUUGUGCGUGGUCGUUGUAAGUGCCUGAGCUUGGUCAGCCCUGCACCGAGUAGCGGGUAAAGCGUUGCCGGGCCGUGAUUGCGAUAGCUGGAAUGCAAUAACGCACCUUUUUUCGAAAGGGUACGUGCUGGCCCGUCAAUGGUAUUGAGCCUCGUGCGUACAGGUGUGGUAUCGAUGUAUUGGUCGGCAUAUCAUUAGAUGAUAUUUAGUGUUUCUUGUAAAUCACGACUGCCAUAGUUUUCAAGUGUCCGUAAAAAAUGCACCUGGUCCGAUGUUGCUAUUUCUUGGAAUAAUGGGAUGACAUCUGGUCUCUGAAGAACAUUAACGACCAUGUUGAAAAAGGGAACCGGUUAAAAAAAACGACGCUUCUUAAAGCAAGCACCCUGAAGAACUUCCAAUUUGCCUUGGAGAUCAACCAAGUAAUCAUAUAACAUCGUACUUGAUUCUGGGGAUGGGAAGGGAAAUACGCAAGUCCAUGGCCAGGAUCGGGGUGCAAUCCUACCAGGCGUCACGA